AUGCCUCCAACGCCUGACUGGCCCAAAAGACCGAUUCUUGAUUACACGAAAGGCGACGAUCGCGUCUCCAUCUGCUUUGGAAAUGGACCUCCAGAAGCACCAAACAACAGAGUUUACCAUGUCUCACGAGUGCGCCUGGCCUACCCUUCCCCACGCUUUCGCAAGCUUUUCGACGAAGAUGUUAGCUCGCGUGGGUUCGGCUUCUGCGAGAUCUCCAAGUUCUGA